UUUAUUUCAAACGCAACCAUCAACUAAAGCCUUUUUCCCGUAACGACCUUUCGAUAGCGGGUGGCUAAUGCUUUUGUUUUUUUUUUCGUUUUGUGAGCAAAAAGCUCCAUAAAGACAGCGAAUGUGGUUGGGUUAGGAAAACCAAAAACAAAAAGCAAACACAUAUAUGCAGAACCACGAGAAACAGCUGAAACUGUCGCAGACGUCACGGCGUGAGCACAUUUUUUAAUUGUGUGUAUGUAGCUGUGUAUGUGUCGUACAAUCAUGUUGACACUAAUGACCGCGACGGGUGUACCUGUUGGCGAAGUGUGUUUCUAGUUUACAUCUAAAGUUCAAUUUGUAUGAAUACAAAAAUUGCUGUAUUUAUGCAUGCAUAGUGGCAUGUAUGGCUGCGCCUUAACAAAUCCACAUGUCGAUGGGUCGUACGUUUGCAAGUGGCAUGCAACGGUGGUGUCAUUAACGCAUAGCUAAGGCUAAGGCGCUUUGAAACCCACAUGAUACUAGUGCGCGUGACACGAAGUGACAAAUAUGUGUUAAGUGUGACAUCAGCAACAAAAACAAUAAUAGCAGACUAUUACAACAUUCUGACGUCUAAUAUGCAUACAUAUGUACAUGCAUACAAAUGUGUGGAAGCGUUCGUACAUACAAUUAGUCAAUUAUUUACCACAGACAAUAGCCCGACAAUACGUCAAAAUAUAAGCGACAAAUAUGACAACGGAAACGUCAAUUAAAACCAUCCAACAACAUCUGCUGACUAUCGAAAAACUACGCACCGGAGUACGUCAAAUGUUGAAAUGUGUGAUAAACUUACAUAUUGACAUUUUGGUUUUAGAAUCAAAUGUCUCUCAAUUAAUUGACGAUGUGAAGGACCUGAAUGACGAGCUACUCGAAGUACAACGAUUAGAUGCGCUAAUCACUGCACUGCGCAAUUACAGCGGUCCAACCAUAUGUCACGAAUGGCCUUAUCCACUCAUAUUCAAAGGUACCGUCGAUGAUGCAGAUGUCGCACAAAUUCUUAAUAGAAAGCAACGAAUUGGUAGUAAAAGUAAAAAAAAUGACAACAAAACGGAUUAUGGAUUAAAAAGCAGAGCAACGAUGAACAGUAAUUCGAAAGUAGUUGGCAAUGAGAUUACAUAGCAUUUAUUUUGUAAAUAAACAAUUUAAUAUACAACUCUAAUAACCAAAGCA